GAGAGAGAGAGAGAGAGAGAGAGAGAGAGAGAGGGACGGAAAUUAAAUACACUGUUUCUUGCAAAGAGCGAUCCUUUUGGACGCUAUCAGGUUCUCCUCCGCCUCAAACCCUCAUCGCCCGCCUUCUCUGCUGAGCCGCCACCGUCAGAUGGACGCUGCCUCCGCUCCGAUCUACAACCUCCCCGAAGACGCCCUGCUUCAGAUCUUCUCCUCCCUCCCCCUCCGGCAGAUCAUCGUCUGCCGAUCCGUAUCCAAGUUCUUCUACCACCUCCUCACCUCCCCUUCCUUCGUCCACCACCUGCUGAUCCCUUCCGCCUCGCUGCCCCUCCGCCUCAUCGCUCUCAGGCCGCCUCACCACCACCACCACUACCGGCAUACCAGCCGCCACUCCUCGCUGCCGCAGCAAUCGUCCUCGGUCCUCCACGCUUUCGACCCCUGCGAGGACCGAUGGCUCGGAUUCAGCUUAGGGUUUCUCCCUUUCAGAUCUCUCCACCCCGUUGCGGCGUCCUCGCUCGGCCUGGUCUACCUCUGGGGCGACUCGGUUGACUCGCCCGAGUCCAGCAGGUCUCUCGUUGCCUGCAACCCGUUGACCCGUCAAUUCAAGGUGUUGCCUCACUUGGGUUCAGCUUGGUCACGCCAUGGAUCGGUCCUUGUUGACUCGGAGAACCGAGUCAUGGUACUGACUGAGCUAGCCGCUCUGUACUACACAGGUUCAAACCGGUGGCUCAAGUUCUCCUCCAAUUUGCCGUCUAAGCCUAGAAGCCCAGUUCUCGUCUCAGACUCUGCUUAUGCCCUCUGUGACAUUGGGUCACCGUGGAGGAGUCAGUGGAAGCUGUUCUCCUGCUCCCUGAAGACAUCACACUCAUCAUCAUCGACCCACCAUUGGGUCCGACUCGAGAGGCACGAGUGGGGGGAUGUGUUUGACAUUCUGAAGCGGCCACGCCUGGUGAAGGGUGGCGCUGAGGAUCAGAUACUGAUGGUGGGUGGGCUGAAAUCCUCAUUCUCAUUGAAUGCGUCAUGCUCCACAAUCCUGAUACUGAGGCUCGAUCUGGGGACACUGGAGUGGGAUGAGGCGGGCAGGAUGCCCGUGGAGAUGUUCCGGUGCUUCUCAGAGGAGUCGAGCAAGUUCAAGGUGUUUGGCGGAGGGAACAGGGUGUGCUUCUCUGGGAAGAGGGUCGGGAGACUGGCGUUGUGGGACUACUGCGAUGGCAAGUCAGAGUGGAGGUGGAUUGACGAGGUGCCUGCUUUCGGGGAUGGUUUCUGCAGAGGGUUUGUGUUCGGGGCUGCACUCACUGCAUUGUCUUGAUAGAUGGAUUUACGGUGCCCUUCUGGGAAGGGGGAAAAGAAAAAAGUGUGGAGCGAUUGUUUCCUGUGCUUCUUGUUGCUCUUUUUUUCGAGGUUGCCAUUGUAUUUUAUCAUUUUGUAUUGGACAGUGUAUCUUACUCUUUGUUCCUGUCUACACUGCAGCUUUGUAACUGUAUAUCGCCCUUUGUCUGUAAUACAUUACAUGUAUUCGACUUGCGUUUGCAUAUUCGAUGGUCAGCUGGUUUACUCUUGUU